UUGCUCUGUGUGGCUCUCCCUCCCAGGCCCUGAAUGCGGCCGGGCCCGGGUUGGUUUCUGCUCCCCACCUCCCGGGCCGGGCUCCCCGUGAGGCGAAGGGGCCUCAUGUGAGAAAGCCGGAGACGGAAAGAUGACCUCGAGGAGAUGGUUUCACCCAAAUAUUACCGGAGUGGAGGCAGAGAACCUCCUGCUGACACGAGGAGUAGAUGGCAGCUUUCUGGCCCGGCCCAGCAAGAGCAACCCUGGGGACUUCACCCUUUCAGUUCGGCGGAAUGGAGCAGUCACCCACAUCAAGAUCCAGAAUACAGGUGACUACUACGACCUCUAUGGAGGGGAAAAGUUCGCCACCUUGGCAGAGCUGGUGCAGUAUUACAUGGAACAUCACGGGCAGCUCAAGGAGAAGAACGGCGACGUGAUUGAGCUGAAGUAUCCGCUCAACUGUGCUGACCCCACGUCUGAAAGGUGGUUUCAUGGGCAUCUUUCUGGAAAAGAAGCGGAGAAGCUGUUGACAGAAAAAGGGAAACAUGGGAGUUUUCUUGUCCGCGAGAGCCAGAGCCACCCGGGAGACUUUGUCCUUUCCGUUCGGACGGGGGACGAUAAAGGAGAGAGCAACGAUGGGAAGUCCAAAGUGACGCAUGUCAUGAUCCGGUGCCAGGAUAUGAAGUACGACGUUGGUGGAGGGGAGAGAUUUGAUUCCUUGACAGACCUUGUGGAGCAUUACAAGAAGAACCCCAUGGUGGAAACCCUGGGGACAGUCCUUCAACUGAAGCAGCCCCUCAACACCACCCGCAUCAAUGCGGCAGAGAUUGAGAGCCGUGUCAAAGAAUUGAGCAAGCUGGCAGAGACCACCGACAAAGUUAAACAAGGCUUCUGGGAAGAAUUUGAGACUCUCCAGCAGCAAGAAUGCAAACUCCUCUACAGCCGUAAAGAGGGGCAGCGGCAGGAGAACAAGAACAAGAACAGAUACAAGAAUAUUUUGCCCUUUGACCAUACCAGAGUUGUCCUUCAUGACGGUGAUCCGAAUGAGCCUGUUUCUGAUUACAUAAAUGCCAAUAUUAUCAUGCCGGAGUUUGAAACCAAGUGCAACAAUGCAAAGCCCAAGAAGAGCUACAUUGCCACCCAAGGCUGCUUGCAGAACACCGUCAACGACUUCUGGAGGAUGGUGUUCCAGGAGAACUCGCGCGUGAUCGUUAUGACGACGAAAGAAGUCGAGCGGGGAAAGAGCAAGUGCGUAAAAUACUGGCCAGAUGAACACGCCCUAAAGGAAUACGGUGUGAUGCGCGUCCGAAAUGUCAAAGAGAGUGCGGCUCAUGAUUACACGUUACGGGAACUCAAGCUUUCAAAGGUUGGGCAGGGCAACACCGAACGAACAGUCUGGCAGUAUCACUUCAGAACCUGGCCUGACCAUGGAGUCCCCAGUGAUCCUGGAGGAGUUCUAGAUUUCUUAGAAGAGGUUCAUCACAAGCAAGAAAACAUCUCGGAUGCUGGCCCAGUUGUGGUCCAUUGCAGUGCUGGAAUCGGCCGGACCGGAACAUUCAUUGUGAUAGAUAUUCUCAUUGACAUAAUCAGAGAGAAAGGCGUCGACUGUGACAUUGACGUCCCGAAAACCAUCCAAAUGGUGCGGUCCCAGCGGUCAGGGAUGGUGCAGACGGAGGCCCAGUACCGGUUCAUUUACAUGGCGGUGCAGCACUACAUCGAAACGCUACAGCGUCGGAUCGAGGAGGAGCAGAAGAGUAAGAGAAAAGGCCACGAGUACACAAACAUUAAAUAUUCUUUAGCAGACCAGGCCAGUGGAGACCAGAGUCCACUUCCACCCUGUACUCCAACUCCGACCUGCCCUGAGAUGAGGGAAGACAAUGCCAUGAGAGUCUAUGAAAACGUUGGUCUGAUGCAGCAGCAGAAAAGCUUCAGAUGAGAUGAAAUGAGCAGCGUUCCUUGUGAGGAAGAACUGAAAUACCAUUUUCUUUUCUAAGAAAGUGAAGCCAAGUGACUUGAGAAGCAUCCCAUGAAGAGGAGUGGACUUUGACAGCUGCAUAGAGCCUCUUAUUUAUGGUGUUUUUAACCCUUCAGUAAUAAGCGGAACUUAAGACUAUCUUUCGGAGAAACUCCUAAUGCCUUUUCUCAACAUUGUCUGAUUUCUACAGUCCCUGAUUUUGUUUUGUUUCCAUUCAACUUGCGGUUCUUUUGCCUCCAGUGCAGACCAAUACUCUAUUGUACUUGAACAUUUUUUUCUCUCUCUCUCCUAGAUGCUGAGGUUUUAAAGCUGUUUCCAAUUAGAUAUAUUUUUUUUUAAAGGAAAAUCCGUUUCUUAUACUUAAAAAAGAAAUCAAGUAGCACGUCAGGUGAUAAACUAAUACUUUUUUGUUGUUGGAGGUGUGUGUGUGUGUGUCAGUUGUGCUAAUUAGACAUUUGUUCCUCCCCUUCUGCCCCCCUUACUCUUGGCCCUGCUUCUGGUGAGGAGCCAGUGACCGUUCUGGAACAGGGCACGUUGAUCAGUUAAUUUGUUCAAGACUGCAGUCCUCAUGGUGUCUGUCUUUCUUGGAAACGACGUUGCUUCUCUAGAACUGCCAAUGAUGCAUGGUUUGCACCAGAGAAAACUAGUUUGUUUCUUAGAGCUUGCUGGGCAACUGUUAAGAUGGUUGCUGCUGAAUUCUGAGUGUUUCGGUUCGGGUGGUUGGGGGGGAGACAGAGAGAGAGAGAGAGAGAGAGAGAGAGAGAGAGAGAGAGAGAGAGAGAGAGAGAGAGAAAGAAAGAAAGGGAGUGGUAGCUAAACUCUAAUACUGUGGUCACAAUGUUGGUGGCGUUCUGGAGUAAGCAGCCCACCCUCUUUAUCCGAGGCUCGUCUGAGGAGCAAUCUCCUUUACCGCCCUGCCUGUGAGCAUCCCAGGAGCAUUCAGCCAGCUGCUGUUAAAAGCAGGACACUGGACUAAACUGACCUCUGGUAUCACCGCCCUCUCUCCUUAAGAGGGGCAAGCGGUCGGAUCUUCGGCAGUUGCGUUUCCCUGAAUGUUGCGUCGGCCGUGUGAAAGGGGAGCUCUUGCUUCACGUUGCCUUGUGAGGGCGGAGGAAGAUCUGGGUUCCAAAAUGUCUUAGCAGCGUAUUCCGUUAAGCGUAGAUGUUCUGUGGUUAACAUUCUGCCUUUUAUUUCAAAGUGCCUUUCCCCUCCUGCCUCCCAGCUCCGAAAGCAUCUCUCCCCAGCUGGUGUAGUUUUUUUCUCCUGUCGGUGGAGUGGCGUUCAGCUUCUCUAAGUGGUCCUUUCGCGGCCGUCGAAGCCGUAGCCCAUCCUGGAAGCAGCAGAGCACCCUUCCUUGGCCAGCCUUUGCAGGGUUUGGGGGUGGUGGUGGUGGCAGGUUCUGAUCAGUGGGGUGAGGUGGGGAGGCUUUUUCCGGAGGCCUUUGGUUGGCAGCGUAAGCCAGAGAUGUCCUCCAAGGGCUGCUUUUCCCUCUGAAGCUGCAUGGGAGGCCGACUUGCUUAGGUCAGUGCUGGAAAAAACUAAUUUUAAGGCAGCGCUGUUGGAAAAUCAGCCUCUUGUUGCCUUGGCUGUGCGUACAGCAUUCUUAAAUACAAUUAGGAUUUUAAAAAAAUUGUGCACCCAGAAAAACUGCAUCCUGCAGUCUAAAUGAUGUAAAUGGAGCAAACUUGCAUAAUUACUCUGACUUCUAAUAAUUGGUUCUGUAGUUUUAACUAGACCCCCCCCCCAAUUUUUACUGGCAUUGCUGAUUACGGAGAGAGUAAUGGGGCUAUUAGAUUCCCCUGCCCCCCACUGAGAUUCUGAGAUUUCAGCAUGUGUAGCCUGUGCACUUGAAAGAACCUUGAGGACUAGAAACCUGUCUGGUUUUGUUUUGUUUCAAAAGAAAGCUUCUCUUGAAUCCUUCUCCCCCGCCACCUUGAUCAGAAUCGCAGUGCGCACACAGCCAUGCUCGUUGCGAGUUCCAUUGAUUGAAUGGAAGGCCAGGAGGAGUGGAAAUCUUCAACGUUUACUGUCCUUAUAAAAAAACAAACAUUUUUUGCCCUAUCUUCUAACUUCAAAUUUGGGAACUCCUGUAACCAGCUAUGCCUGAAGUUUUGCAUCUUACGCCUAAGUCUAGCCGGGCCACAGAGGAAGCUCCCUUUCUGCCUUCUCCUCAAAUUUCACCUUAGCAUUAGCAGAGACUUUGUUGUAGUUGUGGCCAAGAGUUUGGGAGAAAGGUGUGUGGCAGAGACCCCGAAAUUGGACAGAUGGUGCCAUCUGUCGCUACGAGCAGAUGGUACUGGGGUGGGGUGAGGAAUUUGGUCCUGGUGGAUGAAGCUCCUGGAGGUGUGAGGGUUGGACAAGGGCAAUUUUCAGGAGCUGAACCCCGCUUACCCAAGCUAAGGGACAGGGCCAUGCCUUACGAUGGACCUGGGGCAGCGACCAAAGGCAGGGUCCCCGCUUCGUGUUCUCUUCCUUCCCUUCCUCAUACGGAGUAAAAACCUCAACCUGUUUCCUGGUGUCGCAGUGCUAAGUUUCCCUGUGUGCUGUGCUUUGCUCCUCAAAAAAUAAAUAAUUGGGUAUUCCUGGCAGGGAAACCUGUAGCGACCUCAGGGCGCAGUUAAGUUUGCCUGUGUGUUAUGAAGGGAGAACUAGACACGGGGACCCCAGUUUUGGCUGCCACCUCACUUUCCUGGAAGAGCCUAGUUCCAUCCUGCAUCAGCACCCCUGGGUUUCUUCUGAUAGGUGGUUCUCAAUGGGAAUGGGUGAAAGCGUACCCAUAAGAUGGAUAUCUGUUUUAAAAGAGAGUGCCCUGAACGUAGUUGCUUGCCACCUUUUUAAUGUGUUGUGUUGGCUCCUGAGAACUUUGACUUCAAUUUCGAGGGGGGCUGAAACCCAGUUUUUUUGGGGGGGGUGACUGAAGGACUCCACAGAAUCAUCAGCGCUUCUUCUGGUGGACAUAUCCAUCCCCCCCCAGAAGAACGAUGCUGAAUCCUUCCUUCCUUCCUUCCUUCCUUCCUUCCUUCCUUCCUUCCUUCCUUCCUUCGCACCUGCAAAGAGCUGAGUGGAGCGCUGGUGAUGUCAUUGAGUGCUGCCCCCCCUCUCCCAACGGUCCCUCACAUUUUGCUGCCUGAAACAGUUCCUAUUAUUAUUGUUGUUGUUUUGGAGGGCUUGUCAAAUGAGAGUUUUAAAGGAACAAAAUUCCACCUUGAGCAUGGAGCCUCUAGGGAACAUUGAUGCAACCCUAUCUUUCUUAAGACUGACGGGUCUGGCAUCUCCUUCCAAAAUGCAGUGCUCUGUGAUCUCUUCUCUUCUCCUCUUCUCUUCUUUUCCCUCCCACCCCACCCUAGAUGUCUAUUAGACCACCGGCCGAAAUAUGCCAUCAACCAAACAAACGUUAUAUGACUCUUGACAUGGUGGUCAUAAUCUUGACAUAGAGUGUUCGCCUUUUCUGUCCCAGGAGCUUUUAAAGUAGGAGGAUCAAUACAUGCAAGGGUCGCUCCCCCCCCCAUCUUUAUAUCUGCCCCCCUCCCCCAGCCUGAGUGAAUACGGUUCAAGAAAAGCUCUGCUGUGUGAUUCUUGCGACUAGGAUUUGGGUCGCCUGCCUGGUUUAAGUAGGAACGUGGCAUGUUGAAUGUGCGGUUAUUAUUUUUCUCAGAGCACGUGAUUACAGAAUGUCAUUGCUGAAACUUGAAAAAACAAACUCCAAGAUGAUUGUGCUGAGAUGAGAACUUGAAUAAGAUCUUUGGGCCUUGCUGAAAACCAAAAGGAGACCUGUUCUUGUUUGUUUCUUUAAAAAGCUGUCUUAAAAAUAAAGACCCUCGCUGUGAGUGCCCUUUUGCGGAAGCAAAACUUUAAUGAACUUCCAUAGCAAUAGGGACACCCAACCCCUUUCCCAGGGAUGGGACCCACAGGUAGCAGUAUGUAAGGGGGUGGCUGCAUAGAUAUUGUGUCUUAGAAGUUCUGGACGAAAUUUUGUGGACUUGCAAAUGGAAGGCGCAUGGAGGAAUCAGAACAGUUAUUGAAUGUAUUUUAAACGAUCCUUCCUAAAUUGAUCUCUGAAACAGCCAAAGGCUUCAAGGGUUCUAAUGACUUAGUUUUAAAUGUCGGGGAAGAUUUCUUUUUACAUAUUUUGGGGGUCAGGGGAAUGUCCUUUAAUUCUGGAAUUGUUUUGACUUUUGAAAAGUCUGCCCUCUCUUUUCUUUUAAGUGGAAAGUUGCAAAAUCUGAAACGUGGAAUAUUUUCACUGAAAAAUUGCAUUUCCCUGGUCUCGCAUGUCCCACCUCCUCCUAUUUUGGGGGAGAGCACUCAGAACUCUCCAUGGCCAGUUUUCCUGACCUUGGCUCCAUGCGAGUGAAAUUUAGUGACCCCUCCAGAGGCAGUGAUUCCCAGACUCUUGAGGACUGUACGGUAACAGGCUAGUUACCUGCUGGCAAAUCUGCUAGCUCUGUAGCAGGGGUGAUUGGAUCAGUCAGUUGCUGCCAAGGCAGAAAAAAUUAUCCAUGCUCAGAGGAGGCUCUCUGUCAUGUCUCUGCAUGCGUUUGGCAGCACAUCCAGAUCAGUGACUCGUACAGAGGGGCCUGGUGCUCUUCUAAGGGCAGAUAACACUUAUUCUUUCACAUACUCUAAGGCUUUUGGAGUUUGUGAGUGAAGAAUGUCUCCUUUUUUCUUAUUUAAGAGAAAAGUAUUACCUCAGAGUUUGGGAAGCCCUGGCCUCUGAGGAUGAUCCUUGCACCCGGUGUGCCAUUGCUUACUGAAUGUUUGAUGAUAACAUACUUCCAUUUUUUCACUGACUCUUUAGAAGAAAGCCCCUGUCAGUCUCAACGAAAUGUUUUAUUCCCCCCCCCCAUGAAAUUUCGUGUUUAAAUCGAUUUUACUUUGUUAUUCUGUAGUGAGAAAUGAUAGCUUCUGUUGUUAAAGGUAUGUGGGGAGAAGAUAAAUGAAAUAACUGGGAACUAGCUGGGCUGGAAAACUGGCAAACUAGAAAUUUUGAGCAAUUUGACGUAUUUCUCAGCCCCAGAUACUAGGAUGGGGCGGAGGCUUUAUAUCAUAAUUUUGUGUUGUGUUUUUGUUCUUUUUUCCUCCAAAUUUUAAUCCUUAAUGCCUGUCUUCUUUCUUUAAUUUAUGAACACCCUUGUGACUUUUUUUAUAUAUAUAUAUAAAAAAGCGACGCUAACGGCUCUAUGAGAGAAGAUCUCUGUUAUACUCAUCUAGGUUGAAAAAUAGCUUUCCCCCUUCCUUAUUCUCUUCCCCCUCUUCCAGCAAUGUAUGAAGUAUUGUACCAGAGUAUUAAAUGAAAUGUAAUAUUUUAUUGAGGGGGGAGGGAAGAGAGAGAAAAAGGACCUCAGCCUUCUCCUUUAAAAGGAAUGCAUAUGUCAACAGGUUUUAUGUGAAUUGUGUACAUGUUCCAGAUGUGCUCUGUUCUCCGACAUCCAGAAGGGGCACAGCUCACAGCCAGACACUUGGCCUGGGCCACCCCCAGCCAAGCCUGCAGGUUCUCGCCGGUGUGUGGGGCUGGUCAGUUCGCCCCCCACUCUGUUUCAAAGCCCUCGUCUUCACUGCCUUCGGUGCCCAUGUAUCCUGUAGACCCUUUUGCAAUCAUGUGACAUUAAAAGGCAAAAGAAGAAGAAAAAGAUCACGUGUAGAAAACUUACUGAUUUGUCUUGUCUGUCCCCAGCCUGUAUUUAUGGGUGUUGAAGUCUGGCUGCGUCGCUGGCUGAGCUGUGUUUUUGUUUUUAAUUGCUCCAAGGCUUAUUAUCCAGAGUAAAAGCAUUAUUUGUAAAACAACAGAACUUAAAAAAUAUAUAUAGGAAUAAAAAAAAAAUCCAUUUUCUUA